CUCGACUGCCUUUGGAGGCUUUGCUUGUGUCUCGCUGCUCAAAGUCGCCUCAAGCUCUGCAGGAGCAGCACGGGGCUUGAACACCUUGACCACCAAGCCACCACUAUCGCUGGGAAAUUCAUGGUAGGACACGAUGAUGGUGGGAAUUGCGCCCGCAGCAGAUGAGCCAUGAUGCUCCUGCUUCACAUCUUGCACUAAGCCAUCCAGCUUCGUCCCCCAGUCUUUGGUGAAACGAAAGCUGUUAAUCCUCGACGGCUUACAGUCGAGGCCGGGGUUGGCUUCAUGCACACUGACCUUACCAUCAGGUGCUGAUCUAUUAGAAUGAUGCCCCAAAGGAGAUCGUCCACCUUGUGAAUGGCCGACGUUUGUCGCAUGUGUCUUACCACUGCUGACUCUAUUUGCCACCUGCUUUCCGACGCGUAACACAUCGGGGACUGAAUAUAUCUGUUCAUGGCUUCCUAUCGAGGAGUUGACCGUUGCCCCUCGAUUGACGGCUGACAUGGCCUGCCCCUUCGGCGACACAUUCCGUGGCACCACUUCUUGCGAAAAAACUGUGGCCGGAGCAAUCGCCGCGGGUCCGUACAGUGCUAGAUUAGUCGCAGUCGUCCGAGUGGCAGAGCUUUGCCCUUUUUCUGACUUUGUCACAGAUCUUCUACCUUCCGCAGUCAGGGUUGGCACAGCGAGCAUGCCCCUUGGAACAGGCGCGAUGAGACGCUCGAUGGGUUCACUUGCACGGACUCUGUCCACCAAAUGCAAUUCUUCUUGAUGCAUCUUCGGUGCUUGAGAAUUGUCGGCAGCCUUGGCGGUCUGGAUGGAAGCGUCAAACGUCGAGUGAUGUUGAGGGCAACCUGGUCUUAACGUUGUAGGAAUGACAGGUGCAGAUUGUUCUGUGACACCGGCGGACGCUUCUGUCGAUGAGUUUGGUUCAACAGGAGCACGUAUAUUCUGCCUCACCUCCAGAUCAGCCACGGGGACAAGGUUGGCAACCGGCUUUCGCGCAAUGGCUCGUCGAUUUCGUGCAGCAACUGACGCUGGGCCGCAAACAGGACCCAUCUGAGUCAAGAUUUGCUGCACUUCUGAUGUGCCCGUGACUUUCGCUCCCUUGGCCGCUUCAGACACCAACGCACCUUCAGGGCCUUUGAGUGGGACGUACUCGGUGGCCGCUGAUACUUGUGGAACUACCUUUGUCCCCGGCCGCAGGGUCUGAGGGUGUUCUGACUUACCUGGCAGCGAGUCCAGGAACUCGAAGGGUCCAGAGUUGAAUGGCCUUGAUAGCCUAUUCGAGAGCUUCAAGGGUUUCGAGGUUGCUAUAUUCGAAGUACUAGCUUGAAGCAUGACCUCGAUGCCAUUAUUUGACGGCUUGUCACAUGCGACGGGGUUCAAGGCCGUGGAUCUGUUCCCAUGGUAGUGCGCUGAAAUUUGGUUGGAAUGUUGGGGGAGUCGAAGCGCACAAUCACGGACCUGACUAGCUUUUGACUGAUUAAUUGUACGACACGUAUCGAAAUGGUCAUACAUUUGAUGGCCGUUAGCAAAGACCUGUGCCUUGACUGGCUUCGUAUGAGCUGCGGUGCCGUGGUUGGGACGUCUAGAUAAGGGGCUUUGUCGAUUUGAGCCACACAUGUCUGCCAUCUCUAGAUCCUUCGGUGUCAACGAGAGAGAUGACGGUUGGGCUCGGAGGUUUGAAGAUUCGCGUGACAUUUGCCUCAGUCUUGGGGAGGGGUCAUAUGGCAGGUAAAUCUGAGGGUAAGCACCCUGGUUGUGCACGAGCUGUGGCAAUUGGGCUUGUUGCUUCUUCCCACUGGCACUGCUGGCACCUCGCCUACCGUGGUCAACGCCCAUCUGGCAAUGAGCCGGACUUCCCACUCUGGAGGGCGACUCGAAGCGGUAGACGGAUGAGGAGCUGUCGGUUAGAGGAUGCACUGAAAUCAUGGGGCUACGCGAGGGGGAAUCGUCUGGAUGGCCGCAGGAUCCAAGUUUCUUCAAACCACCUCUGACUGAAUCCGUCAUGGUCGCCAGUUGGCCUCGGAAAUCUUGCACGUGUGAUCCUUGGUCUCGGUUAGGUUCGGGGGAACUCACAGAAUACACUCCCAUCGGGGACUCCUGAGGUGGCAGUUUCGGAUAUUGUUAUAAAGAGAAAGGAUGUCAGGAGUGGAUAAGAUGGAAGAUGAGGUAGUCCUGUCAGUUAAGAAGUUGUUUAUGUGUUUCGAAUUGGAGCACCGAGGAAUGCGAGAUGCUUCGACCAAAGAUUAUGGUCAGCGAUCGCCUGAAGGAUGAAAAGUCGGAUCUUCUCUCUGGACAUGGCGAGGCGAGGGAGAUGCUGAUAAGGCGUCUCGAUAUAGCCGAAUUCCAGAUGAUCUUUGUUUGAUCCCCCAUCAUGGGCGACAAGGGAAUUUCAUGAGACAAAGAGAGCGACGGGCAUCUUUGGCGAUUAAUCAGGCCUUUCUGAGAGCCCUUUGUUCGUGUAAACCACAUCACAAAGGCUGGGACACCAAAGGGUUGUUGAGGCUUUCCCCGUAGGACUUGGGGCCGAAGAAAGGAGCCACCCACACCCACAUGUACCUUGACUCGGCGUGUGGUUUCAGGGUGUCGCGAUGGGAUAGAGCCGUCUGUGGAGGGGACCAUUUCGUAUACAGGUACCGGAUCGAGGGCGAUAUGCUCUGCCAUCGAGUGCAGAUCAGGUAAGGGAUGCUUGCGUUGGAGGAAGAUAACUUGGUCAAUAAGAGAGCCACAGAGGUUCAAAAAGAGAAGGUAUUCAAUGAAUGCCUGGACGGCGUCGGCGUUUCAGUUAUCCACGAUAUCAAAUCCAAGGCGCAUGCAAACAAAUCCAGACACGCGAAGAAGACGAUCGAGAGCUA